GCAGGUCACCCCCAGGCUGCAGGAUGCAGUGGGUGAAGUUAGUAGGGCUGGGGGUGGGGGCUGCUGCCCUCUUGGGGCUGGGGAUCAUCCUGGGCCACUUUGCCAUCCCCAAAGUGGCUGAGCAGUCAGCUUCCAGUACCUCAGGCCCCCAGGACCUGGACCGAGAGAUCCUAGAGACGGUCAUGGCACAGCUGGAUGCCGGCAGGAUUCGGGAGAACCUCCUAGAGCUCUCCAAGGAGCCGCACCUGGCCACCACCCCCCGAGAUGAGGACCUGGUGCAGCUGCUGUUGCAGCGCUGGAAAGACCCGGUGUCGGGGCUGGACACGGCCAGGACCGUGGAAUAUGAGGUGCUGCUGUCUUUGCCCAGCUCGGAGCAGCCCAACCUUGUGGAAGUCGUGGGUUCCAACGGGUCUGUUCAACAAUCGUACCUCCCGAAAGAGGAGGAGGUGACUGGCGAGCAGGAGGGCCCUGAUGUGGUACAACCCUAUGCUGCCUAUGCACCACCUGGAACCCCACAGGGCCUCCUUGUCUAUGCCAACCACGGCACAGAAGAUGACUUCAAGUACCUACAGGACCAGGGCAUCAACCUGCAAGGCACCAUCGCCCUGACUCGCUAUGGGGUGGCAGGACGAGGGGCCAAGGCUGUGAACGGGGCCAGGCAUGGGGUGGUUGGGGUGCUGGUGUACACGGACCCCGGCGACAUCAACGAUGGCCACAGCUUGCCGAACGAGACCUUCCCAUACUCUUGGGGUCUGCCUCCCUCUGGUGUGGAACGGGGCUCCUACACAGGUUAUUUCGGGGACCCUGUGACCCCCUACCUUCCAGCACGCCCCUCUUCCUUCCGCCUGGACUGGAACAGCACCAGCGGGUUUCUCCCCAUCCCUGCACAGCCCAUCGGCUUCCAGCACGCUGAAGACCUGCUCUGCAACCUCAAGGGGCCGCAGGCCCCAGCGUCCUGGCAGGGAGCCCUGAGCUGUGUGUACCACCUGGGGCCUGGCUUCACGGGUGGAAAAUUCCCUGAAGACAGCCAGGUGAAAGUGAGCGUGCACAACCGCCUGGUGCUGAGGAACUCCUCCAAUGUCCUGGGCUUCAUCCGUGGGGCUGUGGAGCCGGAUCGCUACGUGGUGUAUGGAAACCACCGAGACAGCUGGGUCCAUGGGGCUGUGGACCCUAGCAGUGGCACCGCUGUCCUCCUGGAGGUCUCCCGUGUCCUAGGGACCCUGCUGAAGAGGGGCACCUGGCGUCCCCGCAGAUCGAUCGUGCUGGCCAGCUGGGGGGCAGAGGAGUUUGGGCUCAUUGGCUCCACAGAAUUCACAGAGGAGUUCUUCAGCAAGCUGCAGGAGCGCACGGUAGCCUACAUCAAUGUGGACAUCUCGGUGUUCGCCAACGCUACCCUUAGGGGUCAGGGGACGCCUCCUGUCCAGAACGUUAUUUUCUCUGCUGCCAAAGAGAUCAGCUCUCCAGGCCCCAGCGGUCUCAGUAUCUACGACAACUGGAUCCGGUACAACAACCGCAGCAGCCCAGUGUAUGGCCUGAUCCCCAGUAUGGGCACUUUAGGUGCUGGCAGCGACUAUGCACCCUUCAUUCACUUCCUGGGUAUCUCUUCCAUGGACCUUGCCUACACCUAUGACCAGAGCAAGACUUCGGCCCGGAUCUACCCCACCUACCACACAGCCUUCGACACCUUCAAAUACGUGGAGAAGUUUUUAGACCCUGACUUCAGCAGCCACCAAGCCGUAGCCCGGAUGGCAGGAAGUGUGCUUCUUCGGCUCAGUGACAGCCUCUUCCUGCCUCUCAAAGUCAGCGACUACAGUGAAACGCUCCGGAGCUUUCUGCAGGCUGCCCAGCAAGACCUCGGGGCCCUCUUGGUGCAGCAUGGCAUCAGCCUGGGGCCUCUGGAGACCGCAGUGGAGAACUUUGAGGCAGCAGCCACAGACUUGGGUCAGCGCAUAUCAGACCUGCAGCAGGACAGCCCUGACUCCCUGAAGGUCCGGAUGGUCAAUGACCAGCUGAUGCUUUUGGAACGGGCAUUCCUAAACCCACGUGCCUUCCCCGAGGAGCGAUAUUACAGCCAUGUGCUCUGGGCACCCCGGACCAGCUCUGUUACCACAUUCCCUGGCCUGGCCAAUGCCUGUUCCAAGGCUAGCACCACGGACCUCGGAUCUGCAGAAUGGGCUGAGGUGCACAGGCAGCUCAGCAUUGUGGUUGCAGCCCUGGAGGGUGCAGCAGCCACCCUGAGACCUGUGGAUGACCUCUGACCCUGACCUUGGGCCCUAACCCUCUCCCACCUGUUUUCAUGGGGUGUCUGCCCUGAAGCCAGGAGUGGACACAACCAUGGAAUGCCCUCAAGCUUCUAGGGUAACAGCUGGGAGUUUCAUCAGCUGUGGACACCUGAAAAGAACCCAGUUCCAGUUCUCCCUUCAUGGGCAAAUGGAAAGAGGCGGUGGAGAAUGGAGAGACAGUAAACGGUGGAGGGGUACAAUGGGACUCACAGUGCCAGCUGUAGAUGCCAAAGCAGACCACUGAGUCCACUCCGCAGGCACCAGCAGGAAAACUGUGGCCCACAGUGAAAAGGAACCCGCCAAAUCUGCUUCCCUCCUACCAUGUCUGGUGUCUCAUCUCCCUGUAAGUAAACAAAAUUUACAGAUUA